AGGAGUGAACGUGCACGAAUGAGUGUGCAAAUCUAACGCGCACGAGCGGCGGAAGACGCCACCGCGACCGACACGGAGGUCCCGUCGAUCUCGGAUGUCGCUCUCCUUUCUACGCCAACCAAGCGAGCAAAUGAACCAACCAGACUCAGAGCUUGCAGAUCGGGGUCUUGCGAGCGCCGGACAAAGCCGCCGCUAUGGGUUGCACGGGAUCAAAGCCUUUUUCUUUGACUUGGACAACACUUUGAUCGACACCGCCGCUGGAAGCAGGAGAGCCAUUGCAGAGGUAACCAAAAUCUUACAGUAUGAAUAUCACUACACUGAAAGAGAAGCUAGCAUGGUGUGUGAUAAGUUCCAAGCCAAGCUGUGCAAAGAAUGCUUUGAUCCAUCUAAAAUAUCUAUUACUGAUCUAAGGGUCCAGCAUUGGGAAGGAGCUAUACAAGAGGUAAAGGGAGGAAGAGCCAAUCAGAAGCUGGCUAGAGAAUGUUAUUUUCUUUGGAAAACCACCCGCCUGCAAUACUUGACUUUGACAGAGGAAACACACAAGAUCCUCAGUGACCUCAAAAAAGUUGUCCCUUUGCUUCUGCUGACAAAUGGAGACACUGAGACACAAAAAGAAAAGAUUGAAGCUUGUGCCUGUCAGGAAUUCUUUGAUGCAAUUGUUGUUGGAGGAGAGCAGAAAGAAGAGAAACCAUCACCAUCCAUUUUCCUUCACUGUUGUGAACUUCUAGGAGUUCAGCCUGAGGACUGUGUGAUGAUUGGAGACUCUUUAGACACAGAUAUCCAAGGAGGGUUGAAUGCGGGUUUAAAGGCAACCAUUUGGAUAAAUAAAACUGGAACAGUUCCCAAGGAAACAUUUCCUGUUCCUCACUAUACUAUUUCUUCUCUUCUUGACCUCCCUGGUCUUUUAGUAGAAGAACAUUUUGAAAUGAAUCAGGUGGCAGGUAAUGUACGUGACAGUCUCACCAAGUAAUCUAAGAGUUUAGCUUCUUGGGUUUACAGUUAAAGGGCAUUUCUACCUACGACGUUUACAUUGAUUUACUUAAAAUGCUCUGUUCUAUCUUUUUUUUUAAAAUUUUACAUUCUGUGCCAUGUUGAACAUAUUUGAACCUGUUACAUGGGGUUUGUGUUAUGUCUUAGUCCUCUAAUACAGAGGACUAUAAAUAGGUGGCCAUUUUUUGCUGCCCCAAACCAGAAUCUUGCAAACUCACUAAAUUCUCACAAGAGUCCAGCAAUAUCAUUUUAUUUGUUGGGGGGGGGGAUUGGGGUAUCUAAGACUAUAAAUUAACAACUGAAACUGAGUUGCAGCUUCUGUCUUAAAAUAACACCCACUCAACCAGCUUGUGAUAGUGAUAUCACAAAUAAGUAUAUUUCUCGGUUACUGUUAUUCAAAGAAAGCAAAUGAUCUGACAAUUCAUCAUUGCAUUUUUCCCCAUAAUGGUAAGCAUAUUAAAGCAUAGAUAAGUGGUGAGUCUCAAUACUGUUGGACAGUGUUUAUCAACCUUGGCAAUUUUCAUAUGCAUGGACUUCAACUCCCAGAAUUCCCCAGCUAGCAAGGUGAUCCUGGGUAAUAUCUGAGCUGCCACAUUUGAGAGUAGCUGCUGUAGGAUAAAACCAGUCAUGUAGUGCCUCCUGGUGGUCAGUAUAACAUCAAAUGAUUAUGUUACAAAUGCGAAAAAUAUGUAAAGAUUAUAUUGUUAAGUAUAUUCAGUUCAAAAAAAUCAGUCUAACUGUCUCAUAGUUCAGACUGUAUAUUUUUUCUGAAAGUAUACAACAUUACUGUAAUUUUAGGCAUAGAUUUUAGCUGCUUUUUCGGAAUCAGAGCAGAAUUAAACACUAUACUGCAAA